UGAUUCAGGUGCUUAUUGCACACACAGGGACACUGAAAGCAGCUGGAAAUCCACACUGCUCCCUGCUCAGCAGCUGCCUUUUGCCAGCAGGGAUAUUCCUGCACACAGCUGGAGCAGGCUCAUGGACACUUCACUCUGGGUGUGCUCGUGGUGCCUGCUCAGCCUGCUGCUUUGGACCUUUGAGAGGGGACAAGAAAGGAGCAGCAUGCGUAGGCUGCCUGUUAAGACCAUCCAGUUCAUGCCCUGGUUUUGGGCCGAGGCUGUCACCAGCACACCAAAUGCAGUGCUGGUUGAGUGUUAAAUAAAACAAGUUUCUGUGACAAGGAAAAGUUUGCUCCAUUGAGCCCAAGCCCAGGGCAGCACAUGCUGAGGGACUCGGUGCAAGCACUUUGCUGCUACUGCAAGAACACACCUCGUGGAGUAUUGAAGAGAAUCCUGAGUAUAUUUCUCUGUAUUCCCAGGGGACAAGUAGCCUUAAACUCACUGUCGUGGUAGCAACUUUCUCCUAACUCCAACCUGAAUGUAUCAGCUUUGUUUGAUCCUGUGCCAAACUUGUCCCUGAGCCCAGGCACCUCUCCUCUCUCUGUCCUCUCCUUCUCCUCUCCCAUGUUUGUGGAGAGUGAUUGCAUCUCUGCUGCUCCCUGUUCCGUGAGGCUGAGCACACCAGCCCCUCUCCAGCUCCCCAGCUCUCUCAGCAGCCCUUUGCUGCCCAGUUUCCCCCCACGUCCAUCCCAGUUGAACGCAGGUGACCAGACUCAAACCAAGUGCCCAGAUAAGAUCUUCUCGGGGCCCUGCACAAUGGAAACUUCUGCUAAGCCCAGCCAAGGCAUCUGCUGCGGGGUGAGAGCCUCAUUCCUGCAGGAUGAGACUUUCCUUUGAAAUCCAUGUUGCUGCUACUGGUGUUCAUCUACUGUAAGUGUUGCUUAUUCAAAACUGUGCUAAUCGCUGGCUUUGUGCAUUUCAAUACAACUUCAUUUUUCACGUGGCAUGUUACAGAUCUAUCUGAAAUCAAUCUAAGUGCCCACCUUUAUCAGAUCUCUACAACUCUCAGCAUUGCUUUUUGUUAAGAAAAUAUUUUCCUAGGACACCAUUUGAAACAGGAAUGAGUCUUUAAAAUCUCACACCUCGUCAGGGAUGGGCAAAAGUAGAUCUUUUCCUACUCUAAGUCUCCUGGAACCCAUAUUCCUGUGCUCUGUGUGCUGCCUCCCUGCACAGGCAGCCCCAUCAGCCUUCUGCCAGGAUGCUUCAGUAACUCUCACUAUUUCCUAAAAAGCUUGUUUUCCUCAAAGCACAGGGAUCCCCACUGGAGCCACCACUGCAGGGCAUCCUGUUUAAGAUAGAUUGGGGGUGGGGGAAAAAGCAGCAUCUGAGUGAUCUGGAGGCCACAGAGGUCAAGUCAGCAGUGACAUUGCCUUGUAUAAAUCAAGAGAGGUGGCAGCUGGGUGUUGCUUGCAAGGAGCAGGAGCAAAGGGAUGGCUGCUCAUGGGCCAGGGAGGCUGAGUGGAAAAGGCGUGUCUGCUUGGCUGCAGAUUUUAUAUAAGGGCCACUUCUUCCAUCUCAGCUGUGGGGAAAAAAGGGACAUCACAGAGUCUCGAGGAGUCCAGAGGAGCCUGAGAGGAGCCAAGAGCCCAUCCCAGCUGGCUGCAGCUGAGUCAGCAGGGGAAUCUUCUGGAGAUGAUGGUUUUGAAGCUUUUUGGAAUCAUCUUUUUCUGCGGCCUCCUCUCGCCCUCGCAGGAGGUCUUGUCUGGCCUGUCCUGUGCUGUCAGCCCGCAGGCAGUGCAGAAUGUUCUUUCAGAUGCCAUAAUUCAUAAUGGGCUCAUCCACCAGCACCUGCAGGGUCUUGUGGUUCCCAACAUCAUGGGUGAAGGGGGUCAGCUGAACUCUCCCACCAGCAUCACGGACCUGCACCUCAUCAAGGUCCGGGUGCCCAGGCUGUCGGUGGUGCUGCUGCCAGGGAUCGGGGUCCAGCUGACCAUCGGGGCAAAGCUGCAGCUCAGAGGCAACUGCUUGGUUGGCCUGCUUUCAGAACUCAUUGAUAUCUUAGUGGAGGUGAACAUUACUGCAAACAUUAAAUGCACGAAUUUUGAAUCUGGCACAUUCCAGGUUGUCACUGAAGACUGCCUCUGCAUUCUUGGGGCCAUAAAGAUCAAGGUCCUUUCUGGCUUACUCACCCUGUCAGUGAAUGAGCUGGUGCUUCGCCAGCUGACAGCGACUCUGCCUGCUUUGCUCUGUCCUGUGGUCGAUAUCGUGAUGAACCUUGUGAACAUCCAUCUCCUGAGCACUCUCAAUGCGGUGAUCCCGGUCGGCACAGCAGGAACAAUCCACUACCAGCUGGCCAGCAUCCCCUACACCUCCGGCAAGUUCCUUGGGCUGGAUUUAGAUGGCGUGGUGAAGCAGGUGGGAGGCAGCACCAUCCCCCACGACUCAUCUCCCUCUGCUUUGCCUCCUCUGAUGGACCGGCUCCUGCUCUUGGUGAUGCGGCAGAGCUUCCUCAACGCAGUCCUGUCCCUCCUGCUCCAGCUGCCGCCGCAGACCUUCCCCUGCACGCCAGAUGUUUUCUCUGGUGCCAGCCGCCUGCGCGAAGCCGUGUGGACCAUCGCUCCUGCUGGGUGCUCUGCCUGCAGUGGGACCAGUCCUCUGAGCAUCAAACUGGUGUUGAGAGGAAACCCACUCAUCCUCUUGGAAGAAAACAAAGCCAGUGUCAAGCUUUCGGUCCUGAUUCAGCUGUUCAGUAACCGCUUAGACGGAUCCAUCCUCAACUUCCUGCUGCUGAGGGCUGACCUGGCUCUGAAUGUCCGUGUGUCGAUUGUUGGGGGCAGGCUGGUGCUGCAGCUGGCCUUGGGCAGCACUUCCCUCUCCCUGGAGUCUUCUGAUGUUGGCAUCAGUAAUGUCUCCCCUCUGAAGCCCCACUGCAUCAGCUUGCUUGUGGAAACAUUCCUGCCUGUGAUCAAUGGUGCCCUGAGCAUCGGGAUCCCCCUGCCAAAGGUGCUGCGCAUUCCCUUAGUGAAUGUGGAUUUCCAGAUAAAAGCGGGCCUGAUGGUGUUUCUGGUGUGAGCUGCAGAGCCUGAGGCAUGGAGAGGACUGUGGGGACAAAGAGAGGAAGAGAGCAGCGAGCAUGGAGUGCCAGGACCAGCAUUAUCUGCUUUUCUUUACUAAACUUGAUUCAAGAUUCUUGAUAAUAUUUAAGACACUUUAAAGUGAAAUGGCUUGUGUGAGUACAGUUUGACCCCUGUGUAAGCCUAACCUGACUGGCAGCUCUGUGUACAAAUAUUUAUUUAGAGAAGUUGGUGUGAUUUGGGGGUCACAGUCACAGCAGUUGAAUGUGGUGCUGCAGUGGAAUUGGGAAAUUUGUUCUGAGGUAAAACUUUUCCUGAUAGAAUGAAAAAGUGAAUUUGCAUGUGGCUUCUGAAGUGAAUCUCCCCAUCCUUGUCCAGGAGGGUGUGAAGCGCUGAGAGGGAGCUCAGAAUACAUCUCAUGUAACUAUUUUAAUAAAUAUUCUUUUUUA